CCGGCCCGACUCGGCCCAGAUACCCGUCGCCGGAGCCCGGCUGAACGAGGGCGCCGAGGCAAAUGUGCAAUACCAAGAUGUCCUCCCUUACGGAUGCCUCUUCUGUCACCGCUUCGGAGCAAGAGGCGCUGGUUAAACCAAAGCCACUAUUGUUGAAGUUGUUAAAGUUAGCUGGUGCAGAAAAGGACACUUUUACUAUGAAGGAGGUAAUAUUCUAUCUUGGACAAUAUAUUAUGUCUAAACAAUUAUAUGAUGAAAAACAGCAACAUAUUGUACACUGUGCAAAUGAUCUCCUGGGGGAUUUAUUUGGAGUAACAAGCUUUUCAGUAAAAGAACACAGGAGACUAUAUUCAAUGAUUUCCAGAAAUCUGAUAGCAAUCAAUCCACAAGGCUCUGCACUUGCUGACACACCUGAGGAUGACACCAGGUUUCAGCUUGAAGAAGAAAAUGUUCUAAAGGAAUCUAUGCAAGAGUUGGAAGAGAAGCAGACUUCAUCAAAUGUGACUUCCCGACCAACUACAUCUUCUAGGAGGAGAACACACAGUGAAUCCGAAGAAAAUUCUUCAGAUGAUCUGCAUAGUGACAGAAGAAAACGACACAAGUCAGACAGCAUUUCAUUGACGUUUGAUGAGAGUCUCUCAUGGUGUGUAGUCAGUGGUCUGUGCCGUGAAAGAAGCAAUAGCAGUGAUUCAACAGAUUCUCUUUCCAUUCCUGAUCUUGAUGCCAGUUCAUUAAGCGAAAACUCUGAUUGGUUUGACCACAGUUCUGUUUCAGACCAGUUCAGUGUAGAGUUUGAAGUUGAGUCUAUUUAUUCAGAAGAUUAUAGCCAUAAUGAAGAAGGGCAGGAGCUCACAGAUGAAGAUGAUGAGGUGUAUCAGCUGACUAUUUACCAGGAUGAAGAUAGUGAUGCUGAUUCAUUUGAUGAAGAUCCAGAGAUUUCUCUAGCUGAUUAUUGGAAGUGUCCUGAAUGUAGCGAAAUGAAUCCUCCGCUCCCACGACAUUGCCACAGAUGCUGGGCCCUUCGUGAGGACUGGCUUCCAGAUGAAAAGAGCGAUAAACUGGUAAAGAGCAAAUUAGAAAGUUCCUUCCCUGUAGAGUCUGAAGAAGGCUUUGAUGUUCCUGACUGCAAGAAGGUGAAAAUGACUGAAGACAAAGAACCAGCUGUAGAGGAGAAUGAGGAUAAAGCAGUACAAAUUUCCGAGUCCCAGGAAAGUGAAGAUUAUUCUCAGCCAUCGACAUCGAGCAGCAUGUUUUGUAGCAGUCAGGAGGACUAUAAGGAACCUGAGAAGAGAGAAAUGCAAGACAAAGAGGAAAGCAUGGAAUCCAGUCUGCCUGUUACCAGCAUAGAGCCCUGUGUCAUAUGUCAGAGCAGACCUAAAAAUGGCUGCAUAGUACAUGGCAAAACGGGACACCUCAUGUCAUGUUUCACGUGCGCGAGAAAACUUAAGAAGAGGAACAAACCCUGUCCGGUGUGCAGACAGCCCAUACAAAUGAUUGUACUAACUUAUUUUAGUUAGAUGGAUGUUGACUGGAAAGCAGCAACAGGAACUUCAUAAACCGGUUAAGAGUGUAAGAAACUAUUUUUGUAUGCUUAUUGGAAAAUUGAUAUUUUGCGUCUCUUUACAUUUGGUAUGAAAAGUAAUUGCCGAAAUAAAUGCACUGGGGUUGUUAAGAGGUUAGGCUGCUAUUCAUAAGUCAACUUGAAGAUUUUUAAAUCCCUCUCAAUAGAAAUAACUAAUUCCUGUGAACUACCUUUCCAAGUGCUUUAUGUUCCAUACAAGCUAGUGGUAUUUUUUUUACUGAAUUAAAUACACACCCGAAUUCAAUGAUUAUGAGAGGAGAGAUAUGUUGAAGAUUUCAUUAAUGUGAGUGCCUCCUCUUAAGAAGAUUCUCCAGAUCCCAGUAUCUGUUGACUGCUGAAGACAGCAGGCUCAAUCAGAAUCCUCUGAAUAAGUCAAUAAAAUAAAUAGACUCUUGUCUCCCUCAUCCCCAAAACCUAGAUUUUUCCAAGUAACCAAGUUACGGGGGAGAUCUUACCAGGAAGUGGGGGAAGAUGUGAUAGGAAAUCAUUUAAUGUUUUGGAAAUAGAAAGGGUACUGUGUGUCUUUUAGAGUGUGCAUUGUAAACUUCAGGGCUGUGUGUGUUCUGAGAAGUCAUUGAUCCAAGUUCAGUCUUACAGUUAUCUCUUAAACAUCCUAAGAAAGCAGCUUUUAAAAUGCUUCGUGGGUUUGGAGGUCUGUACUACCCUGAUUAUUAUUUUAGCUGUGUGAGAAAAGACUUGAACAGGCAAGAUAAAUGAAGGAGAUGCUAUGUAAUGUCAAGUCAGGCAGUAUUAGGGGACAGUCGUACUCUUCUGCACUUGUUUUUGACUUCAGCAGUAUAGUAUGCAGCUUGAUCACUACAUUUGCUUGAAUAAAAAUAGUAAGCAAAAAAAGUCCACCUCCAUCUGCAGAAAUAAAUAAGCUGUGUAGUUCUAAUUCAUAUAGGCAUUCUUUAAAUUCAGUAGUCUUUCCAACUUACACUGUUUGUAUCACAAGAAUUCUGAAAAUCUAUUGUGAGGUGUUAGGCCAACUCAAAAUCAGUCUCAUGGGACCUGUCCUUUACUGUUUUUAGCUUGUCUCCUCACUGUACUUUGUCAAAAACUUGGUGAAACUUACCAGUUCCUUUAUUAAGGAGUCUGCUAACUGACUCAGUUCCAUCAUGCAUUUGGAGUAGGUAAUAUGAGUGUAUUUUUGUAAGCUAAGGUAUCUUCAGGAUGUAGUUAGAAUCUGAGCUGUUUUUCAGGUGGAGAGUUUCUGUACCAGUGAGUUGUAUUUAUUCCUUUGGAAAACUAGAUUACAAGAGGAAUUGUAUGUUUUUAGCAUCUUCUACAGGUCCUUGCUGAUCAUCUGCCCAAUAGAGAAUGGCAAAUAAGCAGUUUCAGCGUCAAGGGGGUGCCAAGAACAGAGACAUAGCCUAAAUGCCAGAAUUGUGCUGUGUUACCAUCCUGCAGGCCAAGGUUAAACAGCUUGCUUAACAAUACUGGUACAAAACUCUUGAUGCCUGUGUGCUAGCACAAAGACACUUACUGCUAUAAUUACCUUCAUGUGGGAGCUGAAAUAGUUACUCGAGUAUAAAGUGUCUGUAAACCAGGGCUGCAAAUGCCUGGAAGACGAGGAAGUACCUAGGAAAAGUACAUAAAGCUGUACAGGAGAGGCUCUAGACUUGGUUAUUACUUGCCUGCAAAGAAAUACCUUUAUAGGUAAAGACUGAAUUACCAGGAUGAGUCAUGUUUUGUUCGUACAUUUGACCUAAUUUUUGAAAAAUACUACUAAAAGAUACUGGUAUCUCUGAAGCUUUACCAUAAUUCAUUUUAACCAAACAAAAUGUAAACUCCAGUUGUAUAUGUUUCUUCAUGUUCUUGCAUGCCCCUUGCAAUUUUUAAAGCAACAGCAGGUGGCUGGAAGUUCUUCAAGUUCUUCGGUCAGCAGUAACCUUUCAUGGGUUUCACGGGGUUUGAUAAUCCUUCAGCCUGAGAUAGAGUAGUCCUGUGGGCAGAUACUUAAAUUUUUGAAGUAGGGAUGCUUCUAACAGAUGGUUGCCUGCCUUAAUUCACACUGCUUCCUAUUUAUUUUUCUUAAUCUUUGAUUUGGUAAGUAAGUGCAGUGAAGCUGGCAGAGGCUCUUCCAUGGCACCUGCAGGUCGGAACCAAAGAGCGGUCAUACCUGUGUCUGGAAUCUGCAGCUGAGAGAGAAUUGUAGACAUGUGUAUUCAGGAGGAGCAUCGAUAAUGCAGGGACUGUACUUAAAAAGCAUCGUCCAUUACAUUGUCUCCUCUGUCUUAGGCUUUUUCAGUGUGAUACCUUCUCUGUAGUCACUGUGAUGGCUGUGUAACUGCAGCCCUGGGAGAGCAGCUGUUCUUACCUAGUUCCUGCUGGGACAAAUUGUACCAUCCUGUUCUUGGUGUUCUCUUCUGCUCCCCUUAAGUGAUCUCUGUACUUAAAAAAUAAUAAAAAAAAAAAUCAGCUCUCAAAAAAGGCACGUAUGGUCAGAGCACUCAACGAUCCCUGCUGUUCACUUUGGGAUUUUUCUUCAAAACCAACUUCAUUUCCUACUAAUGCUUCAUGCUUUGGCAAAAGAUAAAGUAAGAGCGUACAGCAUAAUGAAUUUUCCCUUUUAUGAUCUAAAAUUGUACUUCCCUAGCAUGUCUUCUGUUGUGGAGAAUAGCCCUGGAAAUACCCUCCACUCCAUGCAAUGCUGAGGAAAUGGGUAAUUUUGAUUCCUGCAUCUGUGGCCAAACUGUUGUGUCAGAGUGAAUCUUUGAAUCUUUGUUUUGAAUUGUAUUUUCUGGCUUAAUAUUUUUAGUAACUUCUAGUAAAACUUCAGGGUUUUUAUUUUUUCAAAGCAUGCCUUACAGAUAAGGGAGUGAUGAGUAUUGGUGUCUGUUUCCUGUUCCUAUAGGAGACGCUGGCAGGCAAGUGUGGGGGUGGGGCUGUAGGUGAUGCUGUGAUGCCAGCGCUCUGGCUCUGGCCCUGGCCCCAGCCGGGACAGGUCUUCAGUCUGAAAGGCUGAAAUCCUUGGGUCUGCCUCCUCGCCGUCACCCUGGCCCGCACUCGGUACGCGUGGGGUGAGUGGUGACCAGCCUGGUGUUUAUCACUCUCUUCUUUCUGGCCUGUAAAUGUGUUUCUGGCCUUGGGUAGCAGCACAAAAGUCGGCAACAUUUUAGCACAGAAGUUGAUGAUUGUUCUUACUUUGAGAUCCUUAUUUAAUAUCGUACACAUCUUAAUCCUUAAUUUAUUGCAGUUUGUAAAUACUCUUGUGCUUACAGUUAGUGUUUUGAGGUUUAAUUUAUUGAAUUAAUCUGUUGGUACGUGUGUGAUACAUAAAUAUGCAUACAUAGUAAAUCACAGUCACAAGAAAUUGUAGCAUUAAAAGAAAGAGAAAUAUUCAGACUAUAUUCAGAUUAAGAGGGGCAUAGGAAGAUUUAUGGUUUCGUUUUCUUUUUCCUUCCCUUAAAACAACUUCUGCAUUGAACCUGAACAACACUUAUUAAAUCAAGAUGGAGGCCGGUGCAACAUUAACAGAGUGAAAACAUUUUGGUGGUGUUUGUUUUCCUUUGGAAUACUUUGGCAUCUCUGAGAACUGCCAGGAAGCUAACUGACUGUUCGGUUGUGCUGGUAACAUGGGAGGUGAUGGUCAGGAAGGUGCAGUGAGGUGGCGAGAGGUUUCAAGGUUAAUUUGCAAAGGGUGGUAAUUGCUUUUGUCUUUGAACAUGUGACCGUGAAAGUUGAAGGGAUGGCCGGGUGCUGACAAAACGUGACAGUACACAAUUUGCAAUAAUUGUCUUAGUCUGUUCCUUUGUGCAUUUCAGGUAGACAAUAGUUAUGUACAAAUGCUACAAGAACUUGCGUUUAUUCUUUUUUAUAAAGUACCAUAAACCUACUUCUUGAUUAAAUACGACUUUUUCCACUGUGUAGCUAUUUAUUAGUAUUGAAAUUCAACUCUUGACCCAAGGAGGCGAAGUGCAAAGUGAAGUACUUGAGGCAGAUGGCAAAAUUGCUUUGUUUCAGUGUCUGACAUUACUCAAAAAGGCUACAGGCACUGAAUAUUAAAAUAUUUAAGAACCUUUAAUACUGCAUCCUCACUUAAGAGUUAUUAGUUAUGAAGUCUGCUACUUUUGUCCUCCAAAAAACUUGCACAGCUGAAACAAGUAGCUGGAUCGCUGAUUAUAUUGAACAUUCACGCUGUAAAGAUUACGCUUUUUGUUGAGCAGCAUUCCUUGAGCAUUGGUUGUUAGUGUUGCCAGCCAGCACACAGGAAGAAACGUGUGCCAUGCUGUACUGUGCAGGAGGCUGUGGCUGCCACCUCAGUUAGCAGGUUGAUUUGGAAAGGGUAAAAGUGCUACAAAAUUUUAAUUGAUGAAAAGCACUACAUUUAUUCUGUCACCAUGGUACAGCUUUAUCACUGAGUUCUGCUCGCUGUAAAUUUGUUUAAAUGUUGCUGUCUCUGAAAUGUCUCUGUGGGUAUGAAGCCACAUGGAAGACUUCAGGCAGAUUUUUCCCCUUAAAGGCUAGUAUUGAGGGAAAAACAAUUCCUCAUUCUUACAGAAAGCAUGAAUAAUUGUUUUGGAAAAUUGUGUUCUUACAGAAGAGAGAUUAGAAAAUUGUUAGAAGCAUAAUGAAACUGAAUAAACUGAAAUGAAUAAAUGGGAUUAAUACAGGGGUGAAGAACUUCCCCAUUUUAAUCUAAAGCUGCUGUUGUGGGAGGACGUAACUUUAGAAGUAGAGUUUGUAAUUUUAAAGCAGUGAAUUUAUUCAGCGUGUUAACUUGCCACACGUAUGGUGGGGCAGCAGUUAUUCCAGGAAGAUGCAACAUUUUGUUGUGCAACACUCAGCCUAAAAAGGGACGUUUGCUGUUCGUGGUGCUUCCCUGUGGGAAGGAUGGGAGUCAGCAGCAGGGCAGUAUUCGUACCGGUUCCGAGCUCUGUUGGCCACUCUUGAUCAUUCACGGUGCUGGCAGGUGGAUGCAGGCCUCAAGUGUUUUCUGCUGUCACCUGUGUGCUUAAUACACCACAUUAUGUAGCAUGUUUCUACUCUUAAUGCACACCCCCUGCGUUAUUGUAUUGUACUUCCAGCUCCUCAGGCCAGCGCUUUGCUAGAGUAUUAGCUCUUCUGGCUGGCAGGCGUGUCUGUUCUGGGGGGAUUACCUGCCUGACUAACUGAACUUUUCCAGCUUAUCCAUGCCGAGUCAAAGACUUAUCUUGAGUUACUUGUCGUUUAAAGCUUGUGCAAGCAAUGUAAAGCAAAAACAAAGAAAUUCCUCAAAACCUGGGCUUGAGGUAUCUUUUAACAAUGGAUUGCACUUACUGAACAUGAAAAAUUGUUGCUUUUAACUAGUAUGUGCUUUGUUUUUUUAUUUAGCACAGAUACACUGAAAGCUUCAAGUGAAUGCCUCUCUGUAGUGUGUGUGUGUAUAUAUAUUCUACGUGUAAAAUUUGUCGGUGAUACUUAAAAAGGUGUUGUCUCCCCUUUUGAGUAGAUGUUGCUUUAACUUAACAGCCUGACUUUUAAAGGACAGUUCUUCUUUUGAGUUAAAUUAAUGGCUGUCGACAUUACAAUUACAUAAUACCUAAAAUACCAAAUAGCUUUUCCAAAAGCAGUCUUGCUUUGUCAUCUGACUACACUUAGCUGGAAUGACUAUUCAGCAGAUUAGUUUUAUAGUGAAUUAAAGAACUAUGCAAUUUUGCCACUACUCCUAGAUGAACACACUUUCAAGAACUUGUUGUGGUGCGUACCAUCUAGAUAACUAGUGCACGCACUUACUACCACAGUAGAUAACCAUUAAAAUAAAAAUAUCCACUCAAAUUGCACAGAGUAUAGAUCCAUUUAUGAGAAGAAUUUUCACGUGUAUUGUGUUUGUCUUUUGGUUUUCAGUUUUUCUUUUUCUGAGGAAACUAGAUACUGUGUUCCCUUUAAAAGCUUUAAAUAAAGAUUUGUUUAUAUAUUC